UGCCCUGUCGCUACUUCGUAGUAGAGGUCGGGUACAUAACAUACCGCUCACUGGCUGCUCGCUCGCAGACGCGCCCAAAAAGCCAAUUUCUUGCACCCGACUCCUCGAAGGCUCGACCCGCAAACCCAGGCAUUGUUGCUGAUGCAGCUUUUCAACAACCUAACCAAUGCACCUGAUUUCCAAGUCUGGAUAAUAGAGAAACGUCUUUUCCAAGCACGAGACCGGGCGCUCGGUUUGAAACUAGGAACCGAGCGGCGCAUUUCGACACGUUCAGGCCAGCAUUGAGCAGUGUGUGCGUGGUUGUGGAUCCCGAAGCACGGGGCACUUCGCACCCGCCCCCCUCCCCCAAAACAACAUGGCCUCGACCAGGUUCGCAGCUAGUUCCUGGGCCCUCUCCUCCCUGGAUUACUCCAGCACCAACCCUCAGCCCCUGGAGCCGACGCCGACCAACAACGAGACGCACGACAACAACAUAUUGGAUGCGCAUCGCCAGAACCACAACUCUUCCAAGCUCCCCGCAUUUCGCUUUGCCGAUUUGAGGAAAGACCGCAUCUCGUUGCCGUCGCUGCACCAGCGCACCCCACUAGCACCCGUUCUGUCGCAAACCGUCGCUGUUGAUCCUCCCGAGCCCACUCGGCGCAUCCCUGAAUCGUCGCAUAGCAAUAGCCUCCACCGCGCCAGCAGCACUCCGUCUCUCCCGGAUCGCCCGGCCGCACUUGAAUCGAACCAAAACGGCGCCGCCGCCCCGAGGACUCGUUCCUUCAAGAUCCGCUUUUCCUCGCCCGAAUCCGCGUCCGCCAACGCACCAGUCGACUCAAAGCGCCCAGUCUCCUUUCCAGAGACGCAGAAGCAUCCCAGCGGCACGUCCGCGACCCAGUCGCAACCGGCAGCUGUCGCCGCCCCCGCAAUCAAACGCCGCCUGACGGAGAGCGCGAUCCAGCAGUCGGCACAGGGUCAGUGGGAACUGCCAUUACCAAAAAACCUCGAGUCCGUGAAAUUGGACGACGAGAAGUCUUACCCCCCGGUGUCCUACAAGCUACCCACGACGGCUAGCGCCGAUAGCACCUCGAGUGGGCGCGCCGUCGUCCCCCCCAUAAUAAGAUCGUCCCGGUCUUCGGGGUCCCGCAAGAGCGUCAUCCUUGACAUGCCCACACGUCACACGUCGGGAGAUUCUUACCAGGGGGAAGCCCCAGACAACAACAGCCAGCGCGACCGCGCAUUACGGGCCCUCGAAGGCCAACGCGACGAAGACAUCUCGCACCUUACUCCCGCCGAGUCAGGAGAGAUGACUACAACUACCGAUAACGACAAUACAGCGGACAUCUUUAUGAAGAUUGCCGGGGAGGACCCGGCGCCUCGGGCGUCAGAGAGACAGGAGGCACACCCGGAGCCAGGCUCGACUUCACGGAUUGUCCGGGUCUCACAUCGCCGGCCCUUCUCCACGUCUAGCCCGGGUCAAGAUACUGCAUCCUCACCACCCCGGCUCUCGCGUCGUCUUUCCGACCAGAGAGAGAGUUCUCGGUCCCACCAAGUGGCCGAUAACCAGACGCCCCCCCAAUCCCUGUCACGGGAAUCGUCCUAUCGCACCCCCGGCCGGGAGAGCCUGCCUCCGAUUGCCACAUCGGCUGAGAGCUCAAGCCGUUCCCAGCUGGGCCGGAACUCUUCGCGGCCAUCCCCCAUCACUCCCAGACAGAUUUCCUUCAAGGACUCCUUCGCCGAGAGCAGCUCCGCCUACCAGCGCAGGAGGCAGUCGCUCACGGAGAACAACAAUGUUCCGUCGCCCAGGACCGCCCAAUACAGGAGCUCCAACCUCGCCGUGACUCAACCACGGACAUAUCACUCCUCGCCCUUGGUUCCCAAGUCCACAAACGUCCUUGCAGAUGGUCAGCAGCAUCCUAGCAGCUCCGAAGCCAAUCACGCCGUUGAGGGCACAGAGUCCUCUUCGUCAACGGCCGCCCAAUCCAGCGUUUGGGACGAGUUGGACGAUCUGAAGUCGAGAAUCCAGAGGCUAGAAUUGACGGGCAAGAUGCCGUCAUCGGUCGGCGGAGGCGUGUCCAGGUCGUCGUCUGACGAGCGGCCGCGAACCGCGACGACAAACGCCACAACCGUCUCGGCCUCCCCCAAGCGCGACCCCAAGGCAGCGGGGUCGUCACAGGCGGAGGGUAACAACAACCUGCCGGCGUCCCGUGAGGCGCGGCCUUUGCUUCUUUCGGCUCUCAGCAAGACCAAGAGCCUGGUGAGCCCCGAGGUGUUCAAUGCCAUCGAGUCCGCCGCAACCGACGCAUUGGCGCUAUCGUCAAUGAUCGGUCCUGUCGGCCAACCAGGUCCCAUCUCGAGCAGUGCCAGCGCGGUCGGCGGAUACAGUGGGGGCGUCACAGACAGGCAGCUCCGCAAAAAGGCAGAGAGCAUUUGCAGGAGCUUGACGGAGCUCUGCCUCGCCCUCGCUGAUUCGACGGGGCCGAAGAAGCAGCUCCAGCCGGCCGCGGCCGCCGCCUCCGAGCAGGAAACAGUGGUCAGCCCAACCUCACACCUUGCCGUGGGUGACACGCCACCAUCUCAGAGGCGGCCCAGCGCCAUCGCGGAGACGAUCGCAAAGGGAAGCACCAGCCCGAGGGCUCCGUCAUCGCUGGAACAGAAAAGGAAGACGAUGCUGGCCAGCAUUUCCGUCCCUGUCCCUACAACCCGCUAUGUCGCCGCUCCUGCUACGCCGCUGGAGUCGACGGCCGGACGGAAGUCGUCUCUCCUCUUGUCCCGCAUCCGUCGGCUUGCAACUGAAGAGCCCGAGGAAACCCAGACGCAGAUGCAGGCCCAGAGCUCUCAGGCUGGGAGAAGAUCGUCGUUGCUUUUGAGGUCGAGGAGGAACGGCUCGGAAGAGCCAGAGGAGAACCGUGAAGGGCGAAGGACGUCUCUGCUCCUUCGCACUCGGAAAACCACGAGUGACACAGAGGAAGAGCCGCGCGCCCGAGUCCCCUCGAGGGCAGUCACCGAGGUGAAUAACUUCCACCCUAUUUCGCGCGACACCUCCAUGCCCGCGGCGAGCGUCCAGACCGCUGCUCCCGAGGGCCCAGCCACCCCCUCAGCCCUUCCGCGUCGCCGGAUGAUCCCAUUGGCGAUUGCCACGCGGCUUGCUAGCGCGGUCCCUUCGGCCUCGACGCCGACUACUCCGGCGCGUAGGUACCUCGAGCGCACCUCGGUCCAAGAGCGUAGCACACCUCAAGAAAGAGGCGCCUAUCAGGAGCGGGGCUCGUACCUCGAGCGCAGCGCUCAGCAGGAGCGCGCCAUCAACACUCUAGCGGAGAGGUUGGCGGAGGAACGAGGGCAGCAACAGCAACGACAGCUCUCGCUGGGCCACCCAACCAUGCUUAACAGGAGCGGAAGCCUCGGCCGCCGGACUCGCGAGACCGGCAUCCCCAGCCUCCGCUCUGGACUAAGCGGAUAGGGUUACAGAGGCGCCCUUUUUUUUUUGUCUUUGGGAGACACGACGGCGGAGAACAGGUGACGCCGGGACGAUUACGAACUUUGAGACGUUUAUAACUUUAUAGACUUACGACUUGUACUUAUCACCGAUACAUGCAUGUUGCAAAGGGUCGGCACGGCGUUUCUGUCUUUU